UUCUCUGUUGUUGUCAUUUCUGCAGGGAUCUUCAACAUCUGGUUUUCGCUCCUCUGACCGAACAGCUGAAAUGGCGUUACAUGGUAAAGUAGCGGUGGUGACAGGAGCAGCCAUGGGUAUAGGAAAGGCAAUGACGGAGAUACUACUGCAAAACGGUGCCAAGGUAGCCCUCCUUGACUUAAAUGAAACUGCUGGAAAGAGUUUACUGGAGGCUCUUCAAAAACAGUAUGGACAGGAGAAGACUUUGUUCCUCACAUGUGAUAUUGAAUCAGAGGAACAGACCAAAGCUGCCUUACAGACGACAAAAGAAACCUUUGGAGGAAUAGACAUCAUGUGCAACAAUGCUGGCAUCUUGAAUGAGAGUACUUGGGAGAAAACUGUCUCAGUCAACCUGAUGGGUGUUAUCAGGGGAACGUACCUGGCUCUGGAGCACAUGAGCAAGUUGAAUGGAGGUCAGGGUGGUGUCAUCAUCAACACAGCCUCCAUGGCAGGUCUAGGUUGUCUACCAAGCUGUCCUGUCUAUACAGCCACAAAGCAUGGUGUGGUGGGUUUCACUCGAGCCAUGGCGGCUGCCUCCUCUGCAUUGGGCUACAGUGUACGUAUCAACGCCCUCUGCCCAAGUUUAGUCCAAACUGAUCUUUUCUCCAACAUUCCAGCCAGACUCGGGAAAUUUUCCGUCUUGGCUGAUGCAAUCAAACAACUGGCAGAAAAAAAUGAAAUAUUAAGUGUGUCAGAGGUAGCAGAGUGCCUCCUGGAACUGGUGGUGGAUGAGAUGAAGAACGGGGAGGCCCUCAUGGUGCGCCCUAAAUCCAAGAAAUACAUGACUUUUCCUGUAUUCAAUUAGAUCCUGGGUAUGUCAGACUGCACAACAUAUGUAAUGUAGCAGAAUAUUUUCUGUAUUUUCAUUUGCUAAGGCUAAUGCCCAAUUAUUACCUUUGCUAUUAACUACAAUAACUAGUCUAUGAAAGUUUGUCUCUUAUGCUAUGUAACUGACAACUGGGUUGACAUCACUGAUUGUAGCCUCAAUGGUUGACAUGUUGAAUCACCAGUCCAUGAAUUGGACUUUGAGUAAUAACUUUGCCUUAACAAAUCAGAUAUAUAUGUUAUUCUGCAAAUUGUAUAGUCUAACUCUUGUUUGUUGAAAAUAUAUGGAUUUUCAUAAUGCUGUGGUUUGUCUAUUUUUUGUGUAAAACCGUAAACAGUGAUGGAAUAAAGUGACACAAAAUGUUUAUUUGAAUGUGUUUUAGCCUAACCUAUGUUUUUAAUGUUUUUGAUGUUGCAAAAUAAUUUGAAUAUAGCCUACAUGUUUUGGCACAACCAUAACCACUAUAAGGGAACAACACAGUACUGUCGGUGGUGAGUAUCCCCGCCUGUCAGGGUUCGAUUCCCUGACGAAGAGUACUUGAUUUUUGCACCUCAUGGAAGGUGGGAUCUUGGUUACAGUCGGUUGUAGAUUUGGCCAGUGAGCUUCUUUUCAGUCCUGCAAAAUGUAUUCUUUUCAUUGUCAGAGACAGCAGAGAAAAUCAGACUGACAGCAAGGAAUCCCUCUUCUUCCCUAUGAAAAGAAAGGUCGCCUCUCCAUCACAGCAUAGAUUUGGUUUUAAGUUGGACAUUGGACAGGCAUUCCCGCUGCAGCCAGCGACGGUCGCUUGGGCUACUCGGUCUCCCUGAAAGAUGUUAGGAGGACGGUUACCUCAACUCCUGGCACUUGCCCUUACCUACCAGAGACUGACUAAGGGGCCAUCAAUAAAUAACUGUUUCAUGGAGACAUAAUUGUGCAAUAUUUAUUAUUGAUGAUUAGCCAAUCUUAAUCCUUAACAUGCACAAGUGAGACACACACCUUGGUAUAUUACAUAUUUGUGCUUCCUAUAUUUCAAAUACAUAUUUUUUAUAAGAUAAUAAACUGCAAAUAAACAUAGACGAUGCCUCA